CAAAAAAUACCUCCAUAUAUAUGGCAUACAAUAAGUUAAGAGCCCUUUUCCUACUAUCUCUUUUCCUCAUUGCAACAACUACUCCAUUAGCUCAUGGAGUCCUUAUCAAUGGCCAAAAUGUGAUUGGACUAAGGGUACGUGGCCUUUUGGUUUGUUCAGCAACAGGCAAUCCACCUGGCCCUGGCAUUGCUGGUGUAAACGUCAAGAUUUCAUGCAAUGGUGGUUCAACAAGCCUUGUCCAAGUGCUAACUGAUGCUAAUGGCUAUUUUCAAACUAUAAUCACUGCAUUAGAUGGCAUCCUCUUUGAUCAAACUACCACUCCAUGCCAAGUUAUAAUUGAUACUCCAAUUGCUAGUUGUUCACUUUUGGCUUCAACUGGAACACUUAGGGCUCCUAUUACACUUGUUGGUACCCUUAUACAAACUUUGCUUGGCCUUGUUGCUGAUGCUACUUGUGGUGCAUUUCACUUGGUUCCCAUUGCAUAAUAUGGUUGAUCAAAAAAUCACUUAAUAUGUAAUAUAGUUGUGUCUUUUACGUUUAAUUUGAGUUUCGAAUAAUUGUCCGUCUAGCGCCUUUCGAUUGGGGUGCAUCCUGAGGGUUAGGUUAUUAGACCUAAGCUUCUAUAACAUUAUAACAUUAAGGACAUGUACGUAGUUUGAUAUUUCAAAACAAGGAGAAGAAUGUUUUACUCAUGUUUUUGUUACUUUUAUAAUAUGGUUUCCAUUUUGCU